GUAUUCCGUAGUGGUUAACCGCGUUUAGUUUUCCCUUCUCCAUAACCUAUCAAACCCUUCCACGUGUUAUAAUUUGCAGAUUGAUGAGAAAAUAUGAAGCUUCCAGAAUCCACUGGUAAGGCGCAAAAAUUUUCGUGGUUGACAAGAAAUAAAAUGGCAAGUUCUACUUAUUUGUUAUUUUAUUGAUUGAGAGGAUUCAAGCAUCUGUUUGUGUGAUUGCAAUCGGAAGAGCAAGAUGAUUGAGGUGGUGUUGAACGAUAGAUUAGGGAAGAAGGUCCGCGUGAAAUGCAAUGAAGACGACACCAUCGGCGACCUCAAGAAGCUAGUGGCUGCUCAGACAGGGACACGACCCGAUAAAAUUAGAAUCCAAAAAUGGUACACAAUUUACAAAGACCAUAUCACUCUUAAAGACUACGAGAUCCACGACGGCAUGGGCCUCGAACUCUAUUACAACUAAAUUCUUCUACCAGUACGUUGGGUCAUAUCAAAUUGCAUGGUGCUGCUGAGGUGUGUGUUCCGAUUGUUGGAGUGAAUGCCUUGUUUCUCAAGUAAUAUUGUCUCUGUGUAAUGUGUGUUAUUGACUUGUUUGGACAUGUGAAAAACAAGUAACUGCUGAACUCUGUUUGCAUGUUAUUUUGUCCUCUGUAAUCUGUGCAACUAAUAUAAGUCAAUCCUGGAUUAGUCGCU